AUGGCAGUUAUAAAUUGGCAGUCUUUGGACAAUUUAAAAAAAAUUAUCAAUGAUGAUUGGGAUUAUUCAGAUGCAGGUUCAUCGGUAAUAACAUUACAAGGAUAUCCAAAAGAAUUUCGCACUAGAAAAUUAAUAAAAUAUUCGGAGAAAAAUAAGGCAAUCAAAGCUAUAUUUCAAGAAUAUUGUGAUAAUUCAACUAUACAUGGUGUACGUUAUUUGAGUGAAGAACGUCGUCCGAUAUGGGAAAAGAUAUUUUGGAUAUUUGUGUUCAGUAUGUCAAUAUAUUUUUGUAUAAAUUUAAUUUUAAAUAUAUAUAAGAAAUGGGAUGAGAAACCGGUUAUUGUUAGUUUUUCGGAAAAAUCAACACCAGUCUGGAAUAUACCAUUCCCGGCAAUAACAUUAUGUUCAGAAGCAAAAACCCAACAAGAAAUAUUCAAUUUUACAAAAGUAUAUUUAGAUGUGUAUGAGAAUCGUUUUAAAAAUGGUACAGUAAAUUUAGAUGAAAAUUUUAUUACACAAAAUGAGACAAAUUAUUUACGUGCCAUUCUACAAAUUUGUAAUGUUGACUUUUUAAAAAAAUUAAAGUUUCCAACAAAUUUUGAACCAAUUGAUAUUGUCCGGACUCUAGAUGAAUUUGAACCAGAUUUUAAUCAAACUUAUCCAUUUUGCAAAUUUAAUAAUGAAAUAACAUUAUGUGAACAAUUAGAAUUUUUCAAAUCUUAUACAGCUGACGGUAUUUGUUAUACUUUCAAUGGUCUACCAUCUACUUACAUUUAUAAGGAAAAUACUUGGAAUUUAGAAGAUGGUUAUAAUGACACAUUCGGAGACACAUACAGAGCAACAUAUCCACAUCGAAUAUUUUCAGCAUAUUUUCGUGGAGGUUUUUUUAUAAUUUUACAAGCAUAUGGACAAAAUACUGACCAUAUUUGUAAAGGAGUUGUUAAAGGAUUUAGGGUUCUUUUACAUUCUCCUGAUGAUGUUCCAUAUAUUACCAAAAAUUACAUCAGAAUUCCAUUAGAUAAAGAGAUUUUAAUACGUAUCAAUCCAAAUAUAAUACAAACAUCGGAAGGAUUAAGACAUCUUUCGCCAUUAAAACGACAAUGUUAUUUUGCAAAUGAGCGCCAUCUAAAAUUCUUUAAAAUAUAUUCACAAGCGAAUUGUGAAAUAGAGUGUCUAGCUAAUAUUACUUACCAGAAAUGUGGAUGUGUUAAAUUUUCCAUGCCAAGAGAACCUGGCACCAAAAUAUGUGAUAUUAAUGAAAUUUUGUGUUAUAAUGAAGCUGAAGAUGAUUUAAUACGUAGAGAAUUCGAAGAGGGACAUCAAGAUACAAAAUUAAAUUAUCGUCCUAAUACAACAUGUAAUUGUUUACCUGGUUGUACAUCAUUAACAUAUGAAGCUGAAAUAUCACAAGCUGCUGCUGAUUUUGAAGGUUCUAUACGUGCACAAAAUGAAUCUCAACAUUUUGAAGAGAGUCCAGGAAUUAGAAUGACAAGAUUAUCAAUAUUUUUUAAAGAAUCACAAUAUAUAACAUCAAGACGUUCCGAAUUAUAUGGCAUGACCGAUUUUCUAGCGAAUUGUGGUGGCCUUUUAGCACUUUUUAUGGGUGUUUCGGCAUUAAGUUUAAUUGAAAUUUUAUAUCAUUGUAGUAUAAGAUUGUUAACAAACAUUAGAAUGAGGAAUGAAUCACAAAAAAUUAUUGAAAAUUUGAGACAGGAAGAUUUAAAUACACAAUUUCAUCAACAAUAUGAAGAUUUGUUCAAGAAGAGUGAAUAA